UAUUAGCGAAUCAUAUACUACUACUACAACAACAAAAGUUUUCGUUAUUUUUUUGAAAUACAAAAGUGAGCGUGAACCUGGUCUCCGCCUCACCUGCUGGCAGAGCGGCCGCGGCGCGGAAAGAUGCUAGAGAGCGCGGGUGGACGCAUGUGAGCUCUUCUCGGCGUUUGAUUAUUUGUCGUUUUUGCAUGAUUUUUGUAUGGUUUGUGCAGGAUGCAUCAGGCCAUCACAUCAGCUCAGAUAGCCCACUGGUUUACUGUCGGGGUACAGUUUGCAAACAUCACAAUCACAGAUGAAGUGAAAAAGCAGGCCGAAGCUCCUUCUACUACAGACAGCAGCUCUGUGGAGCAGUUGUCUGAACAGACUUCUCCAGAGAAGGCAGGAUCAGAUGGAGGAAACCAGAAGAGCAGGAGGCCAGAACUACCAACCAGUCCAGGAACCACCCCGCCUUCGCUCGGCAGUUAUGUGUAUCCAAUUCUCCCUAUUACUAAGAACAGACAAGAGUUGGUCUCUCUGAUUGAGAAUAACUCCGUGAUCAUCAUUCGUGGAGCGACCGGCAGUGGUAAAACCACCCAGCUGCCACAGUUCAUUUUGGAUCAUUAUGCCGAAAAAAAGACGCCCUGUAAUCUGGUUGUUACUCAGCCACGCAAAAUUGGCGCCACCAGCAUUGCCCGCUGGGUGGCACGUGAACGCAAAUGCACCCUGGGCAGCUUGGUGGGGUAUCAGGUGGGUUUAGAGAAGAUGGCCACAGAGCACACCAAGCUGAUUUAUGUGACCACAGGAGUCUUACUGCAGAAAUUGGUGUCAGCCAAAACACUCACGGAGUACUCUCACAUCUUCAUAGAUGAGGUCCAUGAGAGAACAGAAGAACUUGACUUCCUGUUGCUGGUUGUCAGAAAACUGCUGCGGACCAAUUCCAGAUAUGUCAAGGUCAUUCUGAUGUCAGCCACCAUAAACUGUGCAGAGUUUGCAGAGUAUUUUGGUACUCCGAUCCGCAAUCAGAUGAAUCCAGCAUAUGUGUUUGAGGUGGAAGGAGCCCCAUACGCCAUUGAAGAGUUCUACUUGGAUGAGCUCAAAACCAUCCUACCUCUUGGAGUCAAUGUGGACCUAACCUUCCCAGUCGACCCUUGUAUCACAGAGGAGAUGUAUAAUAUUGCCAUCUCUCUUAUCCAGAGCUUUGAUGAGAUGGAGGCUAAAGAUCAAAGGUGCUCUGAGCAAACUGGAAGUACUACUCAUCCAGAGAGAGGUAGUGUGCUUGUCUUUCUGCCUGGGCUUGCUGAAAUACAAUAUAUGAAGGAGGCCCUCGCAAAACUUGUGCGCAAGAGGCUGCAGGUAUAUCCUCUUCACUCAACUGUCACUUUAGAGGAGCAAAAUGGAGUGUUCUUGGUUCCUAUACCUGGAUACCGGAAGAUUAUUCUCUCCACAAACAUCGCUGAGAGUUCUGUCACUGUGCCUGACGUUAAAUAUGUGAUUGACUUCUGCCUUGUGCGUCAGUUGGUUUGCGAUAAGGAGACUAAUUACAGAUGUCUUCGAAUCACCUGGGCAUCCAAGACCAGUUGCAACCAGCGUCGAGGUCGUGCUGGACGGGUGUCUAAAGGCUUCUGUUACAGAUUGGUGAGCAGACAUUUCUGGGAGCAUGAGAUUCCGGAUUUCACAAUCCCAGAGAUGCUGCGAUCACCAUUGGCCAGUACCUUGUUGAAGGUGAAGUUGUUGGAUAUGGGCGAUCCCCGCUCAGUUCUCUCCACAGCCCUCACACCACCCAACCUAAAUGACAUCGAAAGAACUGUCCUGCAGCUCAAACAGAUUGGAGCUCUUUCUGAUCAGAGCAACAGUCAGAGGCAAUUUGAUGGCGAGUUGACAUUUCUGGGUCGCGUGUUGGCGCACCUGCCUGUGGAUCUGCAGCUGGGCAAGCUGAUUGUUUUUGGACAUGUGUUCGGCUGUCUGGAGGAGUGUCUUAUCAUUGCUGCGUCUCUCUCUCUGAAGAGUUUCUUUGCCAUGCCAUCACUGCAGCAGUUGGCUGGGUACAGGAGCAAGCUGAGCUUUGCACAAAAUCUUCCAAGUGACUUAAUUGCUUUCGUCAAUGCCUUCAAGGCCUGGUACACAUCUAGAGCUAAAGGAGAGCUCAGACACCCAAAGGAUGAACUGGAAUGGGGCAAAGAGAACUGCAUUCAGAUCAAACGAAUCAGAGAGGUGGCAGAGCUCUUUGAGGAUCUAAAGAAGAGAGUGUCCAGAUUUAACAUGCACAUCAGCAGCUCCUCAAACCCCACAGACUACACCAGCCUGCACAAACAGAGAUUCAUCCUGCAGGGAGCCAUUGCGGGUGCAUUCUUCCCAAACUAUUUCUCUCAGGGAGAGAUUGAUGAGCAGCUGGCAUCUAAGGAACUUUCUGGAAACGAUCCAAAGACCACCAUUAUGAUUAGGAAUUUGCCUCCAUUUGCAUUCCUGUGCUAUAAGCAGCUGCAGUCACUGUUCCGUCAAUGUGGACAGGUCAAAUCAAUCUGUUUCGAUGGAUCCAGAGCGUAUGUUGUGUUUUAUCGCUCUUGUGUGAGGGAGACGGGUGUAUUACCUGAGGUCUUGUUGGCACUGCUGCGAGCACGACAAACUCCAGCGCUCCAGCUGCAGGUGCACCACGCAGACGAGGUGGAGGCCCGCGCUAAAGGAAAGCCCAUCACACACCUACGUUACACAAGGGUUAAUGUGGAUGUUCAGAGCCAUGCUGUGUCUCCUGUUGGAGUUCUGAGCAGCACUGUAAAUCCAGAGAAACUUCCAUCCAGCAGGGAUUUUAUCAUUAACAUCACAGAGGUGAUCGAUGUAGGCCAUUUUUGGGGCUUUCGGACAGAUGAGAGCAGCGUAGAGAAACAGUGUCAGUUAACAGCAGCCCUAAACAUAAGAGAUCUGAGACCUGUAUCUGUCUCUCUCUAUCCAAACCUGCUGUGUGUGGCCCCCUUCAAAGAUGGACAGCAAAUGGCCAAAUACUAUAGAGCCAAAGUACUGCACAUCCUUGGCAGCAAUGUAGAGUCAUAUCUUACCGGUUUUACUGGUGCUCUGUGCGGGCUGGGCUGGAACUCCGUUUCCCAAAAUGCAAUGCUGCCUGAACAUGACAUUGAGCUUGCCUUUGAUGUCAAGUUUGAUUUUGAGGACAUCACAGAGAUAAAUGCUUUGAGAGGCACAGUGAACAAGCUGGUGUGUGACGGACCAAAUGGCCUGACAAACCUGAGUCCUGACAAGAUCAGCAGCCUUCAGGAGGAGGCCCGGGAACGACUUGUUGGACUGUUCAUUAAAAACCCUCCCAGACCAGAGUGUACACCUGUGUACUAUGAGAAAUUCAAGAAAUGGAACCAGGUGGAUCGCUCCCAGCAGAUGGAGCUGCAGGAGAAGGAUGAUGGGAAAUCCAAAGGUGUGCUAUUUCAGCUGCAUCCAAUCACCUUACUGAACAUGUGAGGAGCAUCAUACACAAGAUAAUCUAGUCUCCUAGUAUUGCAAAAGAGAUAUUGUGGGAUUUUCAGUUUUAGAA